AUGGCAAAACAAACAAUCAGCAUAAUCGGUGCAGGAAUCGGCGGUCUGACAGUCGGUCGUUGUCUCAAGCAGCGUGGCAUCCCAGCCAUCCUGUACGACAGAAGUUCUUCUGCACCGUCCUACAAUUAUGGUAUCACUCUAUAUGCAUCUACAUAUAUAUUCCUCUUGAAAGCUCUUGGAGUGACCGAACACGUCUUCAAGAGCCGUGUUGCUGUUGAUGCAGCAAACGGCGGCACAGGAAAAAUCAGUGAUGUAUCGACAGGGGCUGGGAGCAAUCGUGGAGACUGCUUUCGCGCGAACAGAGGAAAGCUUGAGGAGUGGUUAAGAGAGGGAUUGGAUGUAAGAUGGGAGCAUGCGUUGCAGCAGGUCGAUCAAUCAUCCGACAAAGCCACGCUCCUUUACUUCGAGAACGGACAAACAAUUGAAAGCGACGUCAUUGUUGGCGUAGAUGGAGUACAUUCGAGCUUGAGAAAAUUACUGCUUCCGAAGAGCGAGCUGGACAUCCUGCCAUUUGUAGUCUUCAACGGGAAAAGGAGGAUCGAACGACCUGUGUACGAGGAGAAGAUUGCACCACACCUGAAGGAUUCGAAUGUCAUCAACUUCAAAGACGGAAAUUCUCGACUACAUUUCAACAUCAGUGACUACGACAAGGGAAAGGUCAGCGUGAGCUGGACCUAUUCACGCCCUUCACGUGGCGAUGGAGACGCACUGCACAAGCCUGGCCGCGAGCUCUCCAAGGCCACGGUUAUACCCAAGGAACUUUUCGAAGAAUUAGACCAGUUCCGUCAUGUCGGUUUACCUCCGCCAUUUAGCGAUCUGUUCAGGCCUGAAACUGUACGCAACGACCGCAUCUUGCACUGGCUAAUGCGAACUACCCAUAUACCAAAAGAAGACCUGCAAAACUUUGCACAAAAAGGCAUCGUCCUUAUGGGCGACGCAGCGCACGCUCAUCCCAUCGUUGGCGGAAACGGUGCAAACAUCGCCAUUGAAGACGCUGUCUAUCUUGCAGAACACAUCACGGCAAUGCAGAACACCAACGACCAUGACUUCAGCGACUGGAUCAGCCAGAGAUACCCAGAAUGGACUGAAUCCAUUCAAACAGCUUCCAAAAACAUCGAGCGCUUGCACUCCACUCAAGCACAGCGACUAUGA